AUGGCAAACAGUGUGUUUCUGCAAUUUGCCCCGAAUCAUCAGUCAUUGGCAAGGCUGCAGCAAAGCGAGCAUGUUCUUGAAGGGCUUUUCAGCCCAUUUAAGCUGAGAAGCGCUUGUGCCGCCUUCAUGGCCUGCGUACCGUGCAUCAGGAAGUGCGCCCUUCCACCGCCAAGUGUCUGUUGUGACACACAGCCCCCUGGCAGGUUUGCCAUGAUCCAACCCGGCUACCGCAUCAUGUGCCUGCCUCACUGCACACUGCUGAUAAUGCUUUAUACGGCCCCUGGCUCAGCCCAGCCAAUCAAAUGA